CGUCAGGAGGAAAAAGGGUUGGGGGAGACGAGAAGUGCUUUCCCUAAAUAACCGAAGCGAUGGGUUUCAACUCUGAGCGUGGGUGAUCGCCCCCGGAGCAUCGAAGCCCAUUGAGGCGGCUCAGAGCUGCCGACGGCCCCUUGGACCGAGGGCCAGCGUGGCUCGCUGGCUCCCUGGGUCGAUGGAGCCGGUUCCUUAGAGACCUGCUGGCCAUCCUGCAGCGGGCGCGCGUUGGCGUCCUCCACGCCGCUGCCGUCGGAGCCCCCUGCGCGGCUGGGGAGGGUGCGCACCCGCAGGGCUGCAGCCUGGAGCAAGGCGAGGAUGCCUCAGCUGAGCUCAGUGUGUCCCGGCAGAGAGGAGCAAAGGCGUCCCGUGGGAAAAAUGAGGUCGGGUGGCUUGACCUACUGAAGUCUCUUCCACCGUGAGUUAUCCUAUGAUGAAGCGUUACCAAGCUGGAAGGCUUCUGUGCGUGGCUGUGCAUGGCUGGGGACACGCACCUGAAUAGCACUGUUCAAGAAUGGAGCUGGUUGGCUCUCCCUUAACGACAACAUGUGCCCACCCAAGAUCAACACCUACCAAGUUUCUGCCUGCCAUCAGCACCAUGGCUUCAAGCUAUAAGAACCGUUUUCCUUACUAUCCUUUGCCUCAGAGCUUCAGCCUCCCCUGGAUGCCCAGGGCCUACUACAAAACAGCUGCCAUCAACCCAACUUUGGCUCCCCUUUCCAAAAGCUCCCAGGGGUUAGCCCCCAGCAAGAUGCUUCCUUUGAUUUCCAACAGAACAACCCUCUUCACCCGGUACACCCCUGACGACUGGUACAAGUCCAACCUGACCAACUACAAAGAGUCGGAGACUUCCCGGCACAAUGCAGAGCGUUUGAGAGCUGAUACAUCCCGCAUGAUUCUGGAUAAAUAUCAGCAGACAAAGAGAACACAAGUACAAAGCACCCAAACCCUGGGAGAACGUGUCAAUGAUAUUGAAUUUUGGAAAUCGGAGCUCUGCCAUGAGCUGGAUGAGAUGAUCGGGGAGACCAACGCCCUCACAGACAUGAAGAAACGGCUGGAGAGAGCCUUGGCCGAGACGGAGGCCCCUCUCCAGGUCACUCAGGAGUGCUUGCUUCACCGGGAGAAGAGGAUGGGCAUCGACCUAGUCCAUGACGACGUGGAGAAACAGCUCUUCACAGAAGUCGACAUCAUCAGGUCGUGCCAGGAGAGGUUGCAGCAGGACCUGGAUAAGGCGAAAGCCCAGCUCGCGUCCAACAGGGCGGCCCAGCAUGAGCUGGAGAUAGACCUGGUCAACAAGCAGGCGGCCCACCGCAUCGACGACAAGUGCCACCACCUGAGGAACACCUCUGACGGCAUCAGCUACUACCGGGGGGUGGAGCGGAUCGAUGCCACGAUCUCUGUGCCGGAGUCAUGGGCCAAGUUCACGGACAACAACAUCCUCCGCUCCCAGAGCGAGCGGGUGGCCUCUGCCAAGGUGCGGGACAACAUCGAAAACCUGCUGACGGUGACGGCCAACGAGAUGUGGCGCCAAUUCAACAGGGUGAACGUCGCCUUCGCCAGCCGCAUCGCCGAGACAGCCGACGCCAAGAGCAAGAUUCAGAGCCACCUGGCCAAGACAUUGCAGGAAAUCUUCCAGGUCGAGAUGAACAUAGAAACCAUCCGAAAAGCCAUUAGGGACAAAGGGCCUCCAUUAAAAGUGGCUCAGACCCGGCUGGACGAGCGGACGCGAAGACCAAACAUGGAGCUGUGCCGGGACCCUGCCCAGCUCCGCCUUGUCAACGAGGUCCACGAAAUCGAUGAGACGAUCCAGAGCCUUCAGCAGCGGCUGAGGGACGCCGAGGACACGCUGCAAAUGCUGGUUCGUGCCAAGUCGGCCUUGGAGCAUGACCUGGCUGUCAAAGCCAACUCACUCUUCAUCGACCAGGAGAAGUGCAUGGGGAUGCGCAAGACCUUUCCCAGCACCGUGCGGCUGGUGGGUUAUGUUUAGGCUGGGCUCAGCCGAACUCCUGAUACCUCUUGCAGGAUGUAUUCCCAGUUUUGCUAAGAUGCAUUCCCAGUUUUGCUAAGAUGCUUUGAAAAUACAGAAGACUUUCACUUCCUGAUGAAAGCCUUGAGUAGAAAUUAAACGAUCACUUUGUGUGUUACAUGGUCUACCAGGAUUUUUUUUUCCCCCUUGUUUUUACUCUUUCCACUGCUCUUUCACAGUGUGCCAGAGAGUAGCUGAAAAUACCUCAUAUACGACCAAGAGUAAAUCCAACCAAGGGGAUUCAUUCCUACCCUUUUAAUCUGUGAUUUUAGGAGAAAAACUCUUUGUGUCUUCCUCAUUUUGAGUCUGUCUGAUGUGGAAAAGCACAUGGGGAAGUAAAGUUAGUUGUCAGAGUAAUUAGCUGUUGACAUCCAGAAUGUAUUUUUAAUGGUGCAGCAGGAGGAAGACAAACUGUCCCGUAAAACGUUGCAGUAUGUUCUGUUCCUAAAUAGAAAAACUUGCAUUUUAAGCUGAUUUCUAAUGAUAACUUUCUUGCUUUUGAAAAAAAAUUUAAAUGUCAUCUAAAAUGUCAGUGCUGGGGUCUUAAA